AUGGAAGAGACGGCUAGGAAUGACGUCCGUCGGCCGCGUCGCAGUCUCUCCCGUGCGACACGAUCUACUACGUCCAAGUCAUUAAUACGUGCAUUAUCAAAACCUUUACAUGGUGGUGGAUCAUCUGCUGAUGAAGAAGAAGAAGAGGAAGAAGAAGACGAAGAAGAAGAAGAGGAGGAAGAGGAAGAAGAGAUUGAAGAGGAAGAAGAUGAACCAGUGGACGAAGCGGAUGAAGCCGAGCUGGAUGCUAUUGAUGCCAAAUUUCGAGUCUCACUUACAGCAAGAGAACUCAAUACACUGGAACAAGGGACGCUUGUUCGUAUUCUAAAGACACCUGAUGUCGAACAACGCGUACCUCAUACAGUGCACAAACUUGGUGUGGUGGAAGAGGUACCACAUCAUCCCAAUACAUGGUACAAAGUGAGGAUUCGUGAUGGGGAUGUGGUAUAUAAAUAUCGACCGUCGGCACUAGAGGUGCUUCAAAAUGGAGACGAGAUUGGUAGUCCGAAAAUGUCGUCUCCACUUUGUAAUUUCAUGGUGCAUCAAGAAGAGGAGGAGGAAGAGGAAGAAGAAGGAGAGGAGAGAGAAGAAGAUAACGAUGGGAAGAAGAGUGAAGAAGACCAUUUAGAGCUUGGUACACGUGUGCAGGUGAAGUUAGAGACGCUUUAUGGAGCUGAGAAACGAUAUUUGAAGAAGUACGACGAAAAGGACGGAGUUGUCAUUGGACAUGGGAAAGCGGGCGUUGUAGUGCAGCUUGAUGGGGAUGAGGAUAUUGCGCUUACGCUGCGUCGAUCACAUUUGGUCGCAGUGUUGGACGAAGAUGACGACGAGGAAGAAGAGGAGGAAGAAGAGGAGGAAGAAGAAGAUCAAAAGGACAAGAAACAAAAAAUGUCUGCUGUAGCUCACAAGAAAAAUGGGUCAAAAGGGAAACUGCUUUCUGUUCUUGAUCCAGACAUGUGGAUUGGCCGCAAGUGUCGAAUCAAUGUCGGUAAGUUCAAGGGCCAACAUGGCCGCGUCCUGCGUUCGGGAAAUGGCUGGGUUCAGCUUAAGCUUGAAAAUUCGAGCGAAAAUACGGCUAAACGUGCGUACGAGCUCACGCUGCUUGAGGACUUGGAGACGAUCAAGGUGCUGCAUGCCAAGACGCUUGAAAAGGAAAGAAAGCGCCGUGCGGAGGGUCGUGUCAAUGGAGUAAGUUACCGACAUGAUGACGGAGACGAGGAAGUUGAUGACGAUGAGGCUAGUCACAGCGGCAUGGAUGACGUUCUGGCGGCCGAACAAACUGAAGACUCCCAAGGCGAUGAUGAUGGUGGCAAACGCUUACGUCGUGUGUCAACUCGCGGAAAUUAUGGCAUUUCGUGGAUUGAGAAAAAGGUGAAUUUACCGAAUCGUAAGGGAUUUGGUAUUGUAAAAAAAGCGGAUCGGGAUACGUGCACAGUGGAAAUCCAAUCCACCAAGGUGCUGCAAGUGUUUAAAAAGAAAGACUUGCAACUUGCGAAUGAUAGCCUUCCCAAGACUGCUCGUCAAAACAGCCGCAAUCGCAAUAAUGCUAAAGCUCGGGAGAAACUUGGGCUACAUGACGAUGCCGUCCUCAUGGGCACGACACCAUCGCGAUACGUUGCGUUCCAGGACGUUGUGAAACGGUUUGCAUUGCGUCGGCGUGAAAAGCUUAAGAAGCGCCCAAACUUAAUCGAGUGGCAAGCACGGCUAAAUUUGAAUUACCUGGAGAACGGUUUUUGGGACAAAAGUAAUCUCUCAGUGAUCGAUCUUGCCGUAGUUCCUCAAUGCGAGCUUUGUGGUGUGGAGAAGGAGGAAAUGAGUGGCCACUGUUGGAACAAUGAUUGUCCAAGAUGCCCAGUUUUCGAUGUGGAUACAUUUGACCCACAUGACGAAAAUGCUAUCAUGCGUGUGCCUGUUACACCAUUUGCCAAUGACAGUAUUACUACUUCUCUCUGCCUUCCAAAGGAGGAUUUGCCACGAAAGCGUAAGCGGAGAGUUGUGGAAAAAGCGCUGUCUGGGGCUGUUGGAAGAAACGAGGAGGAUACCGAACAGCAUACCUCACCUACGCCAGAGCCUAUAGCAGCCAUGAGAAAUUCGUCUAUACCCAAGAAAACUCCAACUGUAGUCACAAUCAAGGAGGAAAAGAUCGCAAGGAGACUCCCCGGUAAGACGUCUUGCGACCAAGGAGAGCCAAAAAUCAAAGCUCUUGCAAAGAAAGCAAAGCCGGAGAAAAGCUCAAAGACUGAGGUCCCAAAUGCCGUAAUUGAAGCUGCAGAAAAGGGGAAAACAUCGCCAACAAGCACCUUUCGCCCUCAUUAUGACAGCGUCUUCACGCGGUAG